UGGAGCCAAGUGUCAGACACAGUCAGGCCAAGAGCAUCUUGCUCUCCAAGGCCCAGCCCAGGCACGGGAGGGAAUAAAAGUCUCGUGCCGAGGCUCCAGGGCAGGAACUCAUACACCUUGACAGUCUGCCUAUCUGUCUAUAGCUUCGUGAUCAUUAGUCCCUGCCAUGUCUCUCUCCCCAUGCCGGACCCAGAGGGGCUUCAGUGCUCACUCGGCCUGUUCUGCUCGCUCAAGGGGCCGAGGCAGGGGCAGCUUCAGCAGCAGGAGCCUUAGUUCUUUCAGGGGGCGCCGAGGGGCCUCCAGUGGGAGGAUCUGGGGGUCAGGAGAAAGGCUAGGGAUGCAGUUUGGGGAAAGGAAGGGCAGGCCUGGGCUUUCCCUCUGCCCUCCGGGGGGCAUCCAAGAAGUGACCAUCAACCAGAAUCUCCUGACCCCAUUGAAGAUGGAGAUUGAUCCCCAGUUCCAGAUGGUACGGACCCAGGAGACCCAAGAGAUCAGAGCCCUCAACAACCGAUUUGCAUCCUUCAUUGAUAAGGUUCGGUUCCUGGAGCAGCAGAACAAGGUGCUGGAGACCAAGUGGCACUUGCUUCAGCAGCAGGGGGUGAGUGGCAGCCCCCAGAGCCUAGAGCCUUUCUUUGAAGACUACCUGACCCAUCUCAGGAAGAAGCUGGAGUUGCUCCAGAGAGAACGAGGUGCUCUGGAUGCUGAGCUGAAGACCUGCCAGGACCAGGAGGAGGAGUAUAAGGCCAAAUAUAAGCAAGAGGCCCACACACGUGCCACGGUUGAGAAUGACUUUGUGAUCCUCAAAAAGGAUGUGGAUGUGGUCUUCCUGAGCAAGAUGGAGUUGAAAGGCAAGCUGGAGGCUCUGAGAGAGUACAUCUGCUUCUUGAGGCGUUUGUAUGAAGAAGAGCUGAGCCAGCUCCAGACACAGGUCAAUGACACUUCCGUGGUGCUGUCCAUGGACAACAACCGCUGCCUGGACUUCAGCGAUGUCAUCGCUGAGGUCCGUGCCCGGUAUGAAGAGAUCACUCGGACCAGCAAGGCCGAGGCUGAGGCACUGUACCAGACAAAGUACCACGAGCUUCAGGCAUCUGUCCAGCUUCAAGGGGACAGUAUGGGGGAAACCAAAGCCCAGAUCUCCCAGCUGUACCAAGCAAUUCAGAGGCUGCAGAGUCAGAUUGAGAACCUCAAGAAGCAGAAUGGCAGCCUGCAGUCGGCCAUCACUGAUUCGGAGCAGCGCGGGGAGCUGGCCCUCAAGGAUGCUCAGGCCAAGUUGGAGGAGCUGGAGGCAGCUCUGAGAAGGGCCAAGCAGGACCUGGCCCGCCUUCUGCGGGACUACCAGGAGCUGAUGAGUACAAAGCUGGCCCUGGACGUGGAGAUCGCCACCUACCGGAGGCUGUUGGAGGGCGAGGAGUGCAGGAUGUCUGGGGAGUGCACCAGCCAGGUCACGAUCUCUGCGGUGGGAGGCAGCACCACGGUGCCUGGAGGAGUCGGUGGAGACCUGGUGGGCACUUGUGGACUCGGAGGCAAGAAAGUUGAUUUUGGGUCCAGUUGCUCCAGCAUCGUGACUGGAGGCUCCAGUGUCAUCCUGGGUUCUGGACAGGGCCCUGUGUUGGGCUCCUGCUCUGUGUCUGGCUCUGGCUCUGGCUCCAGCUCUAGCUCCAACUGCCGCACCAUCCUCAAGAAGACGGUCGAGUCAACUUUGAAGACGUCCAUCACAUACUAAGUGAGCUGGCAACAGCUUGCUCCCACCUCCUUCCUGAACCAGUCAGGCCUGCUCCAUCACCCCCGUCACUGGGCUCUGCCUGGCCAGCUCUGUCUCCACUGCCCACAGCCUGAGCCCCCCAGUAGGGUUCUGCAAAAUCAAUAAAGCCAUACUGCUUUCCUCUCCAGACUUCCUGUCUGUUGCUCUGAAUGCUUGCGCAUCUCAUUUGUCUGUUGUCCACCCCAAGUUAAGGUGCAUAGUAACCAGCCCUCCUCAUCCAGACAGCCAGCCUCAUCUUCUCCUCUUCCCCAGCCUCUGGGCUGAAAAACUCCUGGGUGGGCUUGACCAGUAGGAGGGGAGGGCGGAAUCCCCCCACACAGCACUCUUCAUGCUAAGGGGACUCUGACAGAUUUACUGGCACUGUGAGUCACUAGGGGCAACCAACUCUGCUGGGAGAGAUUUUAAUAUUGCUCUGUCUGCAGCAGCAAGCCUGGUUCUUGAUACUUUACUCCCACCUGUCAUCUCUGAGCCUUAGCCUGCCUUUCUCCUGGG